AUGAGAACAUCUAACACCUACUUUCUCCCCCUUUGUUUUUGUAUCUUCAGGUGGUACCAUGGCCACUUGCCAGGUCCCAAUGCUGAGAAGCUGCUCCGUGAGCGUGAUGAGCCUGGGACGUUCCUGGUGAGGGAGUCGCUCUCCAAACCAGGAGACUUUGUUCUGUCUGUGCUCACCGAUGAUAUGACCAGUGCUGGUAGGAGGGUCUCCCACAUCAAGAUCAUGUGCAAUAAUGACCGUUACACAGUUGGUGGUAAAGACAUUUUUGACACAUUGGCAGACCUUGUGGAGCAUUUCAAACGCUCUGGUAUUGAGGAGUUGUCUGGGACAAUGAUUUACCUCAGACAGCCUUAUUACUCCACAAGGUUGAACGCAGCUGAUAUUGAGAGCAGAGUAAAGCAGCUCGGCCAGACCUCAGAUAACAUGGACGGGGCUGAUAAAAAGAUAAAAGCUGGGUUCUGGGAAGAGUUUGAUGCAUUGCAGAAGUUGGAAACUAAGGUAACGAAGAACAGAGAUGAAGGAAUGAGACCAGAAAACAAAAGCAAAAACAGAUAUAAGAACAUCCUUCCCUUUGAUGAAACUAGGGUUACCUUGCAAAACGCAGAUCCCAAUGUUGUCGGCUCUGAUUACAUCAAUGCCAACUAUGUUAUAAACAAAUUAAUGGAUAUUAAUGACCAGAAAGUUUACAUUGCUUGUCAAGGCUGCCUCUUAACAACUGUAAACGAUUUCUGGCAAAUGGUAUGGCAAGAAGAGUCACGAGUAAUUGUCAUGACAACAAGGGAGGUUGAAAAAGGACGGAAUAAGUGUGUGCCAUACUGGCCAACUACUGAAGGAGAGUCAAAGGAAGCAGGCAGAUAUGUGGUGACGUUACUGUCUGAGAAGGAUGCCGCUGAUUACAAGAUCAGAGUGAUGGAGCUCACAGCACCACAUCGGAAAGAGCCAACUCGCACCAUUUGGCACUACCAAUAUUUGAGCUGGCCUGAUCACGGCGUGCCGCAAGAGCCUGGUGGAGUGCUUAGCUUUCUGGAGCAGGUCAACAUCAAACAGCACGAACUGUCUUCAACUGGACCCAUGAUCAUCCACUGCAGUGCUGGUAUCGGACGAACAGGAACCAUUGUGGUGAUCGACAUGCUUAUAGAUACCAUUGAUGCUAAAGGUCUGGACAGUGACAUCGACAUCCAGAAGUGUAUUCAGAUGGUUAGAGAACAGAGGUCUGGCAUGGUGCAAACCGAAGCACAGUACAAGUUCAUCUACUUGGCUGUGCUACAGUAUAUAGAGUCGACUAAACUCACACGAAGGGCUGUCAUGGAAACAGAAACCGAAUAUGGAAACCUCUCAAUUCAGCCUAAACACCUGAAGGCCAGUCGCAAAGCCUCUGCGAAAAAAAAUGAAGAUGUUUAUGAGAAUCUGGGAGCAAAAGGAAAGAAAGAUAAGAAGAGUGGAUCUGUCAGGAAAUGAUAAAAGAAAAAAGAAAGAAGAUUAAAUGUUAUUUUG